AUGCCCACCCGUCCCGCCCACCUCGCCACCUUUGUCUUCGACUCGGCCCUUCCGCUGCCCCAGUACUCCAAGCUCAUACAGCCCCAGGGCCCUAUCCACAAGCUCAUACAGCGUCUCAUCGAAAAGCAUGGCGGGGAAGAACACUUGUCGGUGUCCAUGCUCGUCACCCCCGGAGACCAGGUCAAGACCGGCUCAAAGAGACCUGGAAAGGUGUACAGAGAGGAGUUUAGGUCGCCAUCGGCAUUCUUGACAUCUCUCCCCAAGCUUGGGGCUCUCUUUGCGACGAAGGCAUCGCGCAGCCUGCAGUGGCCAGGUUUCGGUCAAAAGACCAAGGCGGACUCGUUGCGGGAGAAGAAGAGAAAGAGGCUCGAGGAGAGUGCUCUUUUGAAUGCCGUCGUGGGUGGCUUGGAGCUACUGCAACGGCCUCAACCCGACCGCCGACAUCUUCCUUCAAAGACAUUCAUCUCCCUCACCCCGUCAUCCGCAAGUCCUUUCCUCGAUUCCGCCUGCACCUCUUCUUCGUCGCAGACAAAGCCUCUCCCACCCUCACAGAGGUACAUGGUGGUCAUAACUUCCGGCACUCCCUCGCGCGAAGACCAAAAGCCCGUAGAAGAAGACACCGAGGCCGUGCUGGUCGAUGCCAACUGGGAUCCUACCUGGGACGGACAAGGUUGGAAUGAUGUAGCAGAGGCCUUAAAGGUGGGAGAUGUAAGGUGCUCGACCGUCGCGUUAGAUACACACUGUCAACUGGCUAUCAAAGUGAAGCAGUUAUGUCAAGAGGAAAAGAAGGUAUGGUUCUCUAUCCCUGUGGGUAUGGACAUCCAUCUGUCUGGAUUCGCUAUCGAGAGUCAUGAACCCACCAUACCACCCCCCCAACCGACAGUCCAAGAACCCCAACCACAACCUCCAAUUAUCCCUCAGCAACCUCCCGCUACCAAUCCACCAGCUUCCGCCCCGAGCGGCAUCUUCAAUCAGGCCAACCUCGCCAAGAUGGACCCCCAGAUGAUAAACUCCAUGCUCACCACCAUCCGAGCCCAAUCUCAACAACCAAACGCAAGGCAAGAUCACAGGGUGCAGCAAAUCAUUACAAUGCUAGAGUACCAGCUCAGAACUUCUGCUGCCAAAGCGGCACAGGGGCAGGGGAAUGCAGCGGGGCCCUCCCAGGGGCAGGCGGACGUCAAAGUGGCGGGACCAGGGGAGAGUGUCAUGCUGGCGAUUCAGCAACAGAGGGAAAAGCAGGCGCAGCUGCAGCAAGCUAUGCAAUCCAUGGCUCCUGCUGCCACUGCUGCUGCCCCUCCAGCCCCGGGGCCGCCUCGGGGACAGCUGGUGUGGUCUGGUGCUAUAACUUGGGGCAACCCUACCAGUGGUGGAUCCAUCCCCGUGGAUGUCAUGAUUGUAGGAAGCAGCAAUACUGAUUCCAUAUACGUCAACAAAUGGCCCAAAGAACUUCUCAUCCGGACCCUGGCGCCAAUUGACCUACAAGUCAUCUCCUCCUAUGCUCGCGCGAAUAGCACACCCAUCGUCAACAUUGCUCCUUCAGACAAGGGCGGACUUGUCAAUGAUCCUAGCUAUCGACAGAAGUAUACCCAGCUAGGGAUCAAUCUGGGAACGAACAAGAGGGUGGCGCUGGUAGAGUUUCCAGGCAUGCAGGAUAGGGGCAUCGUCAUCUUUCCGGCACCACUGAACAGCGGAGAAAAGGCAUUCAGGUUAAUGGGGCUGAUAUGCAUGGCCACGCCAUUCCCCCAACUCCCGCGAGCUGCACCUGCAACUGUACCACCCCAACGCGCCCCUUCGGGCUCCACCAACAUUCCCAACCAGCCCCUACCCCAAACAGCGUUUCGCCCUUCGACCGUGCAGCCAUCGGCUUCAAUGUUGAACAAGAUCAGCGGGGGCACGGCGAAUAGUGGUGUUGGAGGGCAUCAAGCGCAACAGAGUCAACAAAUCAACAUGUUGAUGCAGCAAGCCCAGGCGCGUCAAUCACAGGUCGCCGCCACCCUCGCCCAGACCCAAUCCCAAAACAACCCUGCGAAUGCGCCUGUACAGAAUCGCAACCUGUCAGAGUCGGCCCAGCCCCAAAGCAGAGAGUUUAUUCAGGCCCAGUAUCAGCAGCUUGUUGGGUUUGCCCAGAAAAUAGGCUUGACCAUCCAGCCUCAAGAUCCAGCGACAGUGACACCACAAAAGUUGCAGGAGCUUAUGGCGGGGCUGAGGCAAGCCGACGCAAAGAUAAAGCAGAACAAGCUGCUGCAGCAACAGCAGCAGAUGGGUGGAGGUGGGCAGCAGGGCCAAGGGCAAGGGUCAAGCCAGAUGUCACAAGCCCAGGUGGCAGCACAGAUGGCGAGGAUGCAGCAGAUGAUGCAGCAGCAGCAACAGCAGGGUGGGUCGGGGAUGGGGAUGAGGGGGUUUGGGCAGUGA